ACUGCAUUACCUGUGUAUGACACUGUAUGUAUGCAUGGAUAGUAGUUAUGUACCUUAUUAUUAAGUUAUUUCGUUAACUGCGCCGUAUUUCUUAAUGUUCCAUCAAUUGUUGUAUCUUGAUUAAUUCCUACAGGGAACUCUACUACCUAAUCCAUCGUCCUACUGUCUUAAAAACACGGAUACCGUUGUCACCUCAACUCGCACCAAUUUAUUCCUUCUACUCACCUAGGUAGCAUAGAAAGAUAGUGUAUUCGAUUUAGUUAUUGCUCACGCGUUGCUCCCAUUAACUAUCAAGAGCCAAGACUCGGCGCAUAUCAUCUCCUACUCGACCGCUUCCGCCUACCGCAUCGUCCAAUACCGAACUAUAGUCCUUCCGCCGUCGUCGACCCCUGCGAUUGGAUGAUUGAUGGUUGCAUCUAUAGGUGUCUUGAAAGAUUCAGGUGCUCUUGGUGCUCUUUAGUCAAUCAAUCUCAUUCCUAGCCCAGCGUGAGGGGUAGAUUGUUCGGAUUCCGAACUUGCAUGCUUUGGCUGAGCAUUCUAUCCGACUAAAGAAUCCCUCUCCUUAGCUAGCCAACCAGCACAAACGUCGAGAGACACCAAAGAGGCAAUUCCGGCACACGAAGGAGCAGAAGUCAACGUCAAACCACCAACAUGUCGAGCUCCCAGGGCGGAGGGGACUCUAAGCUGUUCGCUCGAGGCAAGGUCGCCGAGCUGCGACUCGAGUUGAACAGUGGUGGCAAGAAGGAUAAGAACUUCACCCAGAAGAAAAUCGCCCUUAAGAAGAUUGUGGCCAAUAUGACGAUGAGCAACAACGAGAUGGUUUCCCUUUUUCCCGACAUAAUUGGUUGCAUGCAUAUCCAAAGUCUGGAGAUCAAGAAGAUGUGUUUCUUGUUCCUAGUGAACUAUUCGAGAAUGCGCCCCGAAAUCGCCGUAAAAGCGAUACCUUUUUUGCAGCAUGACAUGGAAGAUUCGAAUCCCCUAGUCAGAGCUCUUGCUCUUCGAACGAUGUCGUACGUUCAUGUCAAAGAAUUUGUCGAGGCUACCGUUCCCCUUGUUAAACGUUUACUUCGAGACUCCGACCCCUAUGUGCGAAAGACGGCCGCUUUCUGCGUCGCGAAGUUGUACGACCAUGACAAAUACAUGGUAGAGCAGUCCGACUUGAUAGAUAGACUGAAUCAACUUCUGAGAGACGACAACCCCACGGUCGUGGCAAGCGCGUUGGCGGGACUGAUGGACAUUUGGGAGCGCAGUGAUUCUAUUAAACUCACUAUCGACUAUAGCAAUGCCUCCAAGAUGGUAGCCAUAUUGCCUGACUGCUCUGAAUGGGGUCAAACCUAUAUCCUCGAAGCCCUAAUGUCCUAUGUUCCCCAAGAGACAAGUGAAGCCACACUGCUUGCUGAGCGUAUAUCACCACGACUAUCACACUCGAAUUCUUCAGUCGUCCUAACAUGUAUCCGAGUGAUCCUGUAUCUGAUGAACUACAUCGCAGACGAGAAGCAAAUUUCAGCGUUAUGUCGGAAGUUAUCUCCACCACUCGUAACGUUGUUGGCAAAAGGGCCAGAGGUUCAGUAUCUCGCUCUGCGAAAUGCGCUGCUCAUACUGCAGAGAAGGCCGGAUGUUCUGCGAAACGAUAUUCGCGUCUUCUUCUGCAAAUACAACGACCCCAUAUAUGUCAAAGUAACGAAGCUCGAGUUGAUAUUCAUGCUCGCUAAUGAAAAGAACAUUGACGAGGUAUUAACUGAGCUAAGAGAAUACGCAACAGAAGUCGACGUACACUUCGUUCGCAAAGCAGUGCGCGCCAUCGGCAAGCUGGCCAUUAAGAUUGAGCCGGCGGCAAGACGGUGCAUUAACCUGCUCCUAGAACUAGUUGCAACAAAGGUUCCAUACAUCGUUCAGGAAGCCACUGUGGUUAUCCGCAAUAUAUUCAGAAAAUACCCCAACCAGUACGAAUCUAUUAUUGGCACGCUAUGUGAACAUCUUGACUCGCUCGAUGAGCCGGAGGCGAAAGCCGCAAUGGUGUGGGUUAUUGGGCAAUAUGCAUCACGUAUAGAGAACAGCGAUGUCUUGCUGGAAGACUUUCUAUACUCUUUCGCAGAAGAACCGGUAGAAGUUCAACUAGCACUACUGACCGCAACGGUGAAGCUCUUCAUUCAACGCCCUACCAAGGGACAGGAUCUGGUGCCAAAAGUGCUAAAGUGGGCAACGGAAGAGACCGAUAACCCGGACCUCCGAGACCGCGCCUAUAUGUACUGGCGGCUCCUUAGUACAGACAUGAAUGUUGCCAAGCAGAUGGUCAUGGGGGAGAAACCCCCCAUCACAGCCGAGUCCGAGAAACUCGAUCCCAUUACUCUCGAGGAAAUGUGUCUGAACGUCGGCACCCUCGCUACGAUUUAUCUCAAGCCUGUGCAGACCGUGUUCCGCAGCGCGCGUCCCCGGCGCCUGCCCGAUUCCCCGGCUCUACAAAAACACCUGCUCCCUACCUCCGCCAACCUACCAGCAUUUGAAGCCCAGAAGAGCCUUAGUAUGCUCGGCAUGGGUGGUCAACCCACCAUCCUAAAUCCCAACGAAGCGCAGGCUCAGGCGCAGGGCAAUGCCAACCCUGACAUGUCCAACGCUUUCAACGACGCCGACGCGUACUUCGCAGGCAUAGGUAGCCAGCAGAUGGCGGCCAUGGGUAUCCACGACGCGGGCGAAGCAUCGUUCGGUGGUGGCGGCAACGAGGCCUCGUACGUCGUCAACCAGUAUGCGCCGCAGCAGGUAUUCCAGCCUGCACAGGGAGUCGGCAGUAAUGGAGAUUUGUUGCUCUUGUAGAGAUCAACUCCCUUACCUACCUAUGUUAAUAUGAAAGAUAAUGUUACCCACGUGAGACUGAGCAAGGCGAGGCGAAGUGAUGGCAAGACUCAUUGUUGAUCUCUACCUACCUAAGUGUUCAAAAUGAGCAUUGAACCUAUAUAUGGACGAAGCAAACAAGCAAACAGAGAUCAGGCAGGCAAGCAAGAAGGAGAUGAAAAGGGGUACAUACCUUAGUACGUACCCAUAUGUACCUAUAUACCUAUUUUAAUACCCUCACCUAGGUACCUACACUACACAAUGAAUCCAUGAAUGAAUGCCUACCUACCUACCUGUCUGUCUACAUUGCCUUAAUGCAUGUAUCUACUACUCGCUGUACAUGAUAUGAUAUGAUACUACUUAGAGCUUAGAGAGAACGCCAUACACAUAAAGGGGAGGAGGCCAAGAGGCUAACAUACAACGUGGUGUAUACCUACCUAAACAAUACUAGGUAUAAAAGGUGGUGGUACUACAUGUACAUGGUAUUCUACCUACCUACCUAUGUAGUACAUAUAUAGGGAGAGAGACACAUGCAGGUGAUAAACGAUACGGCUAGAAAGUACCUCUGUAUAAGUUGUGCAGUGUACGCCGGCUACAUGCAUACCU